AUGAGUAGUGAAGGAUGUUACAUUUUUUGCCAGUCUCCAGAUGACAAUAAUGAACAACACAGCUUACAAAACAAGCUCCGUGCUAACAGAAGUGUUCUUGCUGCUGCCAGCCGGUUCUUUUCCAUCCUGUUACCUGAUUGUGAGUUAGACCUAGAUGUCUGCAUCUCAAUUGAUCUGAGCUUUGAAGAACUGUUUUGUGUUCUUGAGUACAUCUAUUCUGGGAAGCUGCUGUGUUCAGUCAAAAGCAAAGACAGAAUUUUAAGUAUUCUAAAAGAAUUUGAUAUUUUCGUGCCUGAUCAUCUACAGAAUUCAGUAGACUGUGGAAGAAAUGGAAGUAGUGAGGCAGAAGUGGAAAUAAUAUUUGAAGAAGCCAUUGCAAGUGAACCAAAAACUACUAAAGAUCCCACAAACAUUUCAGAGGAUAAAUCUCCCUUUGCAACUUCUGCCGAUGUUCGUGUAGUAAAUAGUGGAGAACUAAUUUUACGAGAACCCAAUAUUUCAAGCUCCAAUGAAGAUCCCUUCCAGUAUGAAGAAAAGCUUCCAGAAAAAUUCUCAAACAGUCAUAAGAUGUAUAGCAACAAAAGUAAAACUCAUUGUGGAUCAAAAUGGCUAUUCUGAAUUCAAACACCAAUGUUACUGAAACCAUUGUUGAACCGGAAAUCUCCAGACAUAAAGAUCCGGUCUUCACCGUAGUCACCAACCAACCCACUUCGCUGGAAGAAACGCUUGAAAGUAUCGUAUCGUCAGAGAUUGUAGCGGUUGAACCUCAAGAUAACCCAUCGCUAAGUAAUUGUGAUGUGCAUAGAAGUAGUGUAGAAGAUGAAUGGACUAUUCAGCAAAUACCGGAUAGGCAGACCGUUACGCUGCAGUUCCCUGCCCAGAUUCUUGGCAGUACGACUUUGAGCGCACUAAAAAAGGG